AUGUCCGACCCGCUCUUCCUCGGCCUAGACCUUUCUACCCAGGGCCUCAAAGCCGUCCUCGUCGACGCUGACGGCGUACUGACCCACGAAUCUUCAGUCAACUUCGAUCGCGACCUGCCCACGUAUGGAACCACCAAUGGCGCCACGAAGGGACCUGCCCCUGGUGAAGUCACAUCGCCCGUUCGCAUGUGGCUCGACGCGUACGAUCUCAUCAUGGAACGCAUGCGUGAUGCUGGCGUCGACUUUAGUCGCAUCCUAGGCAUAUCCGGUGACGGACAGCAACAUGGCUCCGUCUAUUGGUCCAAGGACGCUGAACGUCUCCUCUCCUCCCUCGACGCGUCCCGCGCACUCGCCGAGCAGCUCGCGCCUGACGCCUUCUCGCUCCCCCGCGCGCCGAUCUGGCAGGACUCCUCCACCACCCACGAAUGCCGCGAACUCGAAGAGGCCAUCGGCGGGCCCCAGGUUCUUGCCGAUCUCACUGGCAGCCGUGCAUACGAACGCUUUACGGGCAACCAAAUCUCUAGGAUACGAAAGGCUUAUCCGGACGCGUACUGGGCAACGGCCCGCGUGUCUUUGGUUUCCUCGUUCAUGCCUUCGCUAUUCCUCGGGGAGAUCGCACCGGUCGAUGUCUCUGACGCCAGUGGAAUGAACUUGAUGAAUGUCCUUACUUGCAAGUGGGACGAUCGUCUUCUUGAAGCCUGCGGUGGCCCAGAAUUGCGUUCCAAGAUUGGCCCCGAACCCGCUCCUGGUGGCGAGUUCCUCGGCAAAAUCCACCCGUACUGGGUGCAGCGCUGGGGCUUCAGCCCUGAUUGUGGUAUCGCCCCAUUCACUGGUGACAAUCAGGCUACCGUCAUCGCGCUCUCCGUGCCAGGCGAUGCCAUUCUCUCUCUCGGCACGUCUACUACCCUUCUCCUCUCCAUCCCACCCGCGGAGACCGCGCCAAAAUGCUUCACGACGUCACACUUACUCUCCCAUCCGACCACUCCCGAUGCAUACAUUGCGAUGCUGUGUUACAAGAACGGUGCCCUUGCUCGCGAGCAGGUCCGCGACGCCUACGCCGACCACGACUGGACGCGCUUCAACGAGCUUGUCGAGCAGCGUCCCGUGGGCAAUGAUGGCUACAUGGGCCUCUACUUCCCUCUCCCUGAGAUUAUCCCUCCAAACGUCCAGGGCACCUUCUGCUUCACUACCUCCCCCUCCGUCCAACCCAUCCCCGAAGGCUCGAUGCCCGCCGCCGCACACGCCCGCGCGAUCCUCGAGUCCCAGUUCCUCUCCAUCCGCUCGCGCAUUACCGCCAUCCUGCCACCAGACGCGGCGCCGCUCCAGCGCCUCGUCCUCUCCGGCGGCUCGUCCGCGAACCAGACGAUCCGGCAGGCCGCGGCGGACGUGUUCGGGAUGCGCGUGUUCGUCGCGGGAAAGGAGGGCGCGGCGGAGGGCGGCGCGCAGCUCGCGCGGUUCGCGUGGUGGCGCGAGGAGAACGGGGGCAUGGGCUCGUUCGAGGAGAUGCGCGCGAUGGACGGCGAGGGCGCGCGGAUGAAGUGCGUCGCCGAGCCGGACGCGGCGCGCGAGCGGGUGUAUGCGGGCCUCGUGGAGCCGUACCGCGCGGCGGAGGACGCGGUCGUGCGGAUGUGCGCGGAGAAGACGGCGUGA